AUGGCUUCUUCUUCUUCUACGCCUCGCACCUGGACAUACCGCGUCUUCACGAGCUUCCACGGACCUGACGUACGUAAAUCCUUUCUCACUCACUUUCGCAAACAGUUUAACUACAAUGGAAUUUCCAUGUUCAAUGAUCAAGAGAUCGAGAGAGGCCAAACCAUCGCACCUGCUCUCAAACAAGCGAUUGGAGGAUCAAGGAUCUCGAUCGUGGUGCUCACAAAGAACUAUGCUUCAUCCAGCUGGUGUUUGGAUGAGUUAGUGGAGAUUUUCAAGUGCAAGAAAGAUAUUGGGCAAAUAGUGAUGACGGUCUUCUACGGAGUAGAUCCACUUCAUGUUCAGAAACAAACCGGAGAUUUCGGGAAAGUUUUCAAGAAAACUUGUGCUCGCAAAACAAAGGAGGAGAGACGAAAAUGGAGCCAAGCUUUGGAAGAUGUGGGCAAGAUUCACGGAGAACACUCGAUAAACUGGGACAACGAACCGGAGAUGAUUGAAAAGAUUGCCAGAGAUGUUUCAAACAAACUAAAUGUUACAAUCUCUUGGGAUUUUGAAGACAUGGUGGGUAUUGAGGCACACUUGGAGAACAUGCAGUCUGUGUUACGUUUUUGUGAGGAUGGAGCUAUGAUUGUUGGAAUCUCUGGUCCUGCGGGAAUUGGUAAGACUACUAUUGCCAGAGCUUUACAGAGCCGAAUCUCUAGCAAUUUUCAGCUUACUUGUUUUAUGGAGAAUCUUAGGGGAAGCUGUAAGAAUGGUCUUGAUGAGUAUGAUUUGAAGCUUCGAUUACAAGAGAAACUUCUUUCCAAUAUUUUAAACCUAAAUGGUAUGAAGAUUGACCAUUUACGUGCGAUACAAGAAAGACUACGUGACCAAAAAGUUCUUAUCAUUCUUGAUGAUGUGGACGAUCUGCAGCAACUUGAGGCUCUGGCUAAUGAAACUAAAUGGUUUGGUCGUGGAAGCAGGAUUAUUGUAACCACAGAAGACAAAGAGCUUUUGGAGCAACAUGGUGUAAACAAUAUAUACCAAGUGGGUUUUCCAGGUGAAGAAGAAGCUCGUCAGAUAUUGUGUAGGCAUGCUUUUAAUCAGAGCUCUGCACCAGAAGGUUUUGACAACCUUGUCGAAAGAGUAAGAAAGCUUUGCAGCAACCUUCCGAUGGGUCUCUGUGUCAUGGGUGAAAAUUUACGCAACAAGAAAAGAGACGGCUGGGAAUAUAUAUUGCAUAAGCUAGAAACUAGCCUUGACACAAAGAUGAAGGGAGUACUUAGUGUCGGAUACGACAGUUUACAUAAGGACGAUCAAUUCCUGUUUCUCCUCAUUGCCUUCUUCUUCAACUACCAAGACGAGAAGCAUGUGAUGUCUAUGCUCCGUGAAAGAAACUUGGAUGUCAAGUUUGGGUUGAAAACACUCGCCUAUAAAUCUCUCAUACAGAUAACCACCAAAGGAAAAAUAGUGAUGCACAAGUUACUACAACAAGUGGGGAGAGAAGCGGUUAAAAGACAAGACCAUGGGAUACACAAAAUCCUUAUUAAUGCUGAUCAGAUUUGCGAUGUCCUCGAAAAUAAUUCAGGAAGCACAAGCGUGAGAGAUAUAUACUUUGAUUUAUCAACAAUCUCAAAGGAUGUGUAUAUAAGCGCAGGAGCUUUCAGGAAAAUGGGUAAUCUUCAAUCUCUCAGCAUCUAUGACACUAGACGUGCUACUGACGCAAAUGUUAGAGUGCAUGUACCGGAGGACAUGGAUUUUCCUCCUCGUCUAAGGUUAUUACGAUGGGAGGCAUACCCUGGGGAGUGUCUUCCUCGUACAUUUAUGCCGGAAUAUCUCGUAAGACUUGUUUUGCGACAUAGCAAGCUUGAGAAUCUCUGGGAAGGAACUCAGCCACUUAGAAAUCUGAAGAAGAUGGAUUUGCGCUGGUCCUUGAAUUUGAAGAAACUCCCGGAUCUUUCAAAUGCUACAAGUCUCCAGAAAUUGGAACUGACUGGUUGCAAGAGUUUGGUUGAGAUUCCUUGCUCCGUACGUAAUCUCCAUAACCUAGAGAAGAUGGGUAUGGAUUUAUGUAUAAACCUAGAGGUUGUUCCGUCUCUCUUCAACGUGGUAUCUCUUCAGAUCGUCUCCAUGUUGAGCUGCAGGAAAUUGAGAAAAAUUCCAGAUUUUUUCAAGAACAUCAAAUCUCUUAUAAUCGCAGACACAAUGUUAGAAGAAUUGCCUGAAUCCAUUAGCCACUGGUCUCGCCUUCAGUCUCUCUCUAUCUAUGGCAGUGUCAAUCCAUAUCCACUGACGACAGAUGAACAAUGUCUAGAGGGAAGUGGAGCAGACAUUGAGAAACUUCCAGAUUGGAUCAAAGACCUUCAUGUGUUAACAUGGCUUCGUGUAGGUGGCUGUCCAAAGCUUGCAUCUCUCCCAGAGCUCCCUCGCUCGCUCAUAACGCUACAGGUGGACACUUGUGAAUCAUUGGAGACACUAAAGUCUUUCCCUUUCGACUCUCGCAUUAAGUUUCUCAAAAUUCUCAACUGCUUCAAGUUGGGUGAUGAAGAAGCACAUGGAGUAAUUACCAAUCACUCGUUAGAGGCAUGGUUACCAGGAAGAACAAUGCCUGAAGAGUUCAAUCACCGAGUUGAAGGAAACUUCUUGGUCAUCCCUUCAUAUUUCUGCAAAUUUAGGGUUUGCCUUGUGGUUUGCCCUAAACCAAAUUCAGCACGCAACCUAGGUUUUGCUGAUUUAUUCUGUUUCAUACACAUAAACGGCUGCCCAGCAGAUGGAAAACUGGUCAAGGAGCUUAGAGUCCCCUAUAUCCGAGAGGAACAUGUAUUCAUAUUUCCUUAUGAAGUGCUUGACGAAGACAAAGAGGGAUGGUUUGAACUUGGACAGGACAACGAGAUGGCGUUUGGAUUUGUCACCUCAUCACAGGAUAUGGAAGUUACUGAAUGUGGUGUACAAAUCUUGACGUUCCACUCCGGCGGGAGAUAUGAGUCAUAUGACUUUAGUUGGCGAGAGAAAGUUUCUGAACACCACGAUGAAAGCCUCUCUGAUGGGAGCAAUGAGUUUAACGAACCCAGAGCAAAGUUCUUUGGUGGUUUUACUAUUUUCCUUUCUCUAGUUGUUCUUUUCUUGAGUUUGAUUAUUAUGAUGAUAUGUCCCUCUGUAUAG